GGACUGCCGACCGAUUUGUACUAUUCAUACGAUUCAUACACAUAUACGAAUGUUAUUUGUAUGGAGUAGUUGUGACUCAGUUCCUAAAAGAGUCCGCGAGAGGAGUGCCGAUCUAAAUUCACAUUUGAUUUACAUUUCACCAACAUUUACGAAUCAUGGCGUCCGCGAAGAGAAAGCAGGAUGAGAAGAACUUGAAAAUAUUACGGGAACUUGUCUCACAACCAGGAAACAAAGAAUGUUUCGACUGCCGACAAAGAGGCCCCACCUACGUGAACAUGACAAUAGGCUCUUUCAUCUGUACCUCUUGUUCUGGUAUACUGAGAGGACUAACUCCACCACAUAGAGUCAAAUCCAUUUCCAUGGCAACAUUCACACAGGACGAAAUUGAACAUAUUAAAGAACGAGGAAAUGACCACUGUCGAAGGAUUUGGCUAGGCUUGGCUGAUCCACCCACGCUUAAAAUUUUAGAUUCGAAAGAUGAACAGAAAAUCAAGGAUUUGAUGAUUGCAAAGUAUGAGGCCAAACGGUAUUAUCUGGAUCCAGCGGUACAGACUCAGUCUCGCAACCUGAAAUCUCCUGCAAAUAACGUCAAGUCCAAUCAAACAAUUAUACCACGAGUUCCUCUCUUGGGGACAACUGCAGUGUCUUCACCAACACAGAGAAUUAGAAACUCUGAUCCAACCAAUGCCAACACCAACACGUUCAAUGCAGAGUUUGUAGCAGACUUCAGUAAAGUUCAAGAUUCUUUUUCUGCAACAACACCAGCCCUGCCGUUCAAUCAGGCUUUCCCACCACAGCCUAGUUUCGCCAAUUUCGACAAUAAUCCCAUCUUCAACUCUCCAAAAAGUACAGAUUCGUCUUUCUCUAACGACACCACAGGCUCAUUUGCGAAAUUCAAUGGCACAAAUAACCCACCAUCAGAAGAUCGUUACGCGGCACUCAAAGAUUUGGACUCCUUGAUGAAGCAAACGCAAAUAAAAGAGGAACCCACCAUUGCCCCAGUAUCUGCAUGGGAUCCGAAUAAUUCUGCUGGUACAAAUGCAGUUUGGGGAAGCAACAAUCAGACAACGAAUGUAAUUUCAAAUCCGUUUACCGUCUCAGAUGUGUGGCAGCCUGCUACCAAUUUUUCAAACAAUAACAACAAUAAUUCACAACUAAUGGACAAUACGUGUAAUUCAGCGAAUCCUUUUAGAACAAUGCAAUUCCCAACGAACAACGAGCACCAAUGGCUUGGAGUUGGAUCACCAGCAAAUGGAAAGAUAGUUACCUCUAGUCAGAUGACGACACCAUUCUCCAACAAGGCAUGGCAGCCAACGGUGACUUCCUACCAUGCGAAUCCUUUCAUGGUGGGAUCGGGUGUUGCAACUACAACGAGAAACACAAACAAUCCUUUCUUAUGAUUAGGCAAGGAUAAAUUAAUAAUCGACUUACGAACAAAUGAUGCAAAACUAAAAUACCUAUAGCUUAGAAAAAUUGUUUAUAUAUACAUGACUUUAUCGGCAAUUAGUGCCGAUAACUAUAAUUUUAAGAGCACCAAUCUCAUUUAUUCAUAUUACCGAAAGUAAAUAAUACUUUUAUUUAUGAAUAUACCUAUAAUAUACACGUUGAAUAAAAUUAAUAUUUGUUACUAAUCA